GGCGUUCAGUAGCGGUAGUGCAGCGACAUCGACCGAUACUAUUUUCCCAGAGAGAAAUUUCCUGAACACGACGCUAUACCGUCGUAUACACACAUAGUCUCUCCGCGUCAAGCCAACUACAAAGAUUUUCUUAUACAAUUACACACGCUAUAAAUUCACAACUUUUGCAAAGAUGUCUCAUACCAAUAAUUUCAAAACAAUGUUGACCAUUGCUGUGGUUGUCGGAGCAGCGCUUGCUGCUCCUAGUACAGACAAAUCUGAACAGAGUAACGAAAUCAUUCAAUCCGGAUCAUUCAUUAAAAAGAAUGGUGACUCUGUAUCUGCAUCGUGGGGAGGUUUCCAAGCGUCUGCUGCUCUGGGCGACGAUGGUAGUGUUGUAGCUUCCGCCGGCGGAAACGGUCUUGGCGCCAGUUCCGGAUAUGGUACAGGAGGUGCUGGAGCCGGAGCCGGUGUCGGAUUCAUCGGCGCUAGCGACUUUGCGUCGACCGGAGUGCCAAUGAAGCCAGCUGUCGGAGGAUACGGUAACAGCGGAAAACCUGAUGCACAUUACACAGGAGUUGGAGCCGUUGCCGGCAGUAACGGAGGCGGUUUCUUCGACAGAAUUUUCGCCAUUCCCAUCAAUGUGUUGCAGUCAGUCAAUACGUACUUAAACCAGAAACAAAUGCAUCAAGGACAACCAGGUGCCGUUCACGUCCAACAUCAUACGAGUAGCAACGGUGCUGCCGCCUCCGCAUCCGCAUCCGCUGUAUCUGGCAGUGCUGACAAAGUCCCGGCAGCGGCUUUUGCCGGUGCGGAUUACGGACACGAGUCUGCCGGAGCCUCCGUUAACGGAAAAACCGGAUCUCCGAUGAUGGUACAUACAAAAACAAAUUACGAUGAAAUAUUCAACAUCCCGAUCACUGCAUUGAGAUCCGUCCAGAACCUGUUGAACGGUUAACUCGUCGCAGUGACCAAAUGUCGAUGGUGGUGGUUGGAAGAAUGUUGAAGAAUUUAACAUAGUUCUGACUGCGUCGUGUACAACAGCGAUGUCCACUGAAGUCGGCGCUCAACGACGCAACCCCACAUACAUACACACACACACACACCCACACGCAGUCUUCAUCGUUAUGUAGCAUUAUAAUUUGUAAUAUUAUUCAUUACAGUAGAGUGUAACGUGUAGUCUAUAUGUAGCUUUGUGCUGUGCUUACAUACUGUUUUUAUAUUUAUUAUCAUUUUUAUACUUCUUUUCAUUUUUUAUUUAGUAUGCAAUAAUACGAGUAUACCUAUCAUAUUAUUAUAUUCGUAUUUACCUGUGUAGUGAUUUCUUUUAAACGUUAGACUUCUGUGUAAUACGCGUUAAUAGACGUGUCUUGUGUUAAAUAAAUCACGCCAUAUAUUAUA